AUGAUCAAUGCUUUUUCUAUUACAGAAGAUGAAAACAGCUACGAAGAGGAUGAGGAAGAAGAGAGUGGAAGCGGUGACGAAGAGGAUUUCGAUAUAAGGGACUUUGUGGUCGCAGACGAAGGGAGGGGAAACGAAGACGAGGAGGAGGAGGAGGACUUUUCAAUGGAUACAGCCUCCUCCAGGAAAACUGAAGAAGAGGAUCCAGAGAAGCUGGAGGAAAAGCUCAAAACGCUCGAGGAAGUUUUCUCCUGUGUACCGAGGGUUCUCAUUAAAAGAGUUCUUUGCCGCGAUGAUGUUAACGGAGACCUGAACUUGGCAAGUCAGAGAUUACAAGAAUUUCAGGAUAUGGAAAAUCCACGCGACCUUUUCAAAACCCCGACGAGUUAUCCGCCCACUGCCUGGGGUCCCCCACCUGCACGNUACCGAGGGUUCUCAUUAAAAGAGUUCUUUGCCGCGAUGAUGUUAACGGAGACCUGAACUUGGCAAGUCAGAGAUUACAAGAAUUUCAGGAUAUGGAAAAUCCACGCGACCUUUUCAAAACCCCGACGAGUUAUCCGCCCACUGCCUGGGGUCCCCCACCUGCACGGCCAGAAUCAGAAAACAAGGGGAGUGAAAAAUGCGAACCACAGGGUUCUCAGAAAAAAAAAAGGAGAAGGGGAGGGAGAAGAAGGAAGAACAAUGAGAAUCAAAACAAAACACAGGAAGAACAAGGAGAAAGGACACUGGGAAAUAGUUUCGACAGUUAUGAACCAAACGUACCGCGUGGGAACGAUCGUGGUAUAAGACAAGGAGGCCGAGUGUUUGGAGCAAGGCCAAGAGGAGGAUUUAGACCCAGAGGAGGGUUCUUCCAGGCGCAUGAAGAUUUCCAAGAAUACAGAAAUGAUAUUCCCUAUGGAUUUCCAGUGGGUGACUACAUGUUUCAGAGCCAGAGGGGACGUGGUAACUGGAGAGGACGAUGGAAUCAACCAAAACCCCAACCCAAAGGCAAUGGUCGUGGCCGCGUCAGAGGACGCGGUGAAAAUAGAUUUGAUAGCGAUUCAUUUUUCCAAGACCAACUGCAAGUCUCUCAAAGAGGGCGAGGAAGAGGUCAGUUUAGACGCGGACAAGGAGGCGGCGGCCAAGGUCCAGACUGGAGACGUGAACGUUCAGUUUCUCUGGCAGAUGAAAUAUACUAUGACGAGCUUGACUUUUCUGGUAGUGAGGGAAUUUGUGCAACUAGACGAGACCAAGGGAAAAGGGGGAGAUCUGGACCCAAUAUUAAUAGAGGACGUGGCCAGUUAGGAUUGAGACGAGCCCAGAGCCUUUCUAGUGGAAUGAAUGUUCAAGAUUCUCAUACAAACGACAAUACAGGAGAAGACGCAAAGUUUGAGCCAAAGAAACUGCUUAUUUGCGGGCUGAGUGAGUCGACGACACAAGACGGAGUUUUGAACUUUAUUGAGGCGAUGAGUGGUGAAGACGUGGAGACAGUAGAGAUGAGUAAAGGCAAAGCUCUGGUUACAAUGACUGAGGAUAUAACAAGUAAGUCCUGCUACUAAUAACAACUAAGCCGAUUUCAGUCACGUGCAAAAAAGUAGUUCAUUAGUAAGCUCAGGUGUGCUCAAGUUAAGUAAAUUCAAGCAACCGUGCCUUAUCCUGUUUUGCUCCAAGGCUUGAUUGGUCAUGGGUAGUUCUACCGUCACGUCGUUCUGUGAUUGGUCCGUCAGUAAUUUCGUUGGCUUUAGAUUCACGGCCCCGCACUCAGCCAAGAACCAUGCACUCUACUGUGUACAGAACUCUCACGCAGAGUUCUCAUAAUGCCGCUUACCUACCUGUGAUAUAGCCACCGCUAUUACCUUGGAUACUGUCCGAUAUGGAGAAAGAAGUCGUGACAACACUGGCAGUUUUCUCCGCCGGCAUGCCGGCGGCAAAGACCUGUGAUGGCCCUUGUUGCCGGCAGUGUAGGUGUCAGAAUAUGUACAAAGGCAGUACUGGGGAGGCGGGGGGGGCUAUCAGGUAGCAGGUAGGUUGGUGGUGCGGAAUAAUGAGAACCAGACUUUCGUCAGGUAGAAACAGAUCCAACGGUGUCCGAUUUCCAUAGAUCGAGGCAAAUUAUAUUAAACAAAUCAGAAAUCUAACAUUAAUAACUUACUAGGGCUAAAGGGGUUUUCGUCUCACUGGGCUUUCUUCUUCGAUAAAGUUAACAAUCCUGCACGUUUUUGUCCUUUCAAUCUCAAAUGUGGUGAAACCAAUUAAAACCCUUAGAAAAUCUCUCGUUCCAAAAUUUCUUUUCGUGAGUGAAAGACAAGCGCAUGAUGCUUUUAGCGUCGUUGCUGGGACUGUAUUGAAGACAAAUCCUAGCCCCAACCCUAAAACGUGCAUUUCUUCAGGCGUAGUUGGUUAAAAAAAUUCAGAAAAGUCUGCGAGGUCCAUAUUCAUCUGUAAAACAACGAAAUUUAAUGAUUUGAUGGUCUGUCUGUUGGAACCUCCUGCAGUUUAGAGAAGUUUUUUCCUUGAGCUGGAGACCGUCUUUUGAAAUACGAGUGGUUCAUUUACUUGCAUUUAUGACCUUGGACUAGGCGGUAUGAGUGACUCGGUAAAGACGCUAAACUCAUUAUCAAAAUAACUAUAAAAAUUACUAUAAAAUAUCUCCAAAAAUCGUCUAUUUUACUUCUGAGAUUUAGACUGCUCGAUUGUUAAGCAGGCAUGCAAUCUGCGUUUUUGAGUGUGCUUUUCCCUCUACCUUUUUUCGCCCAUUAUUUCGUGGAAAAUCAGUCAUAAUAAUAUAUGCCAGUUAUUUGAAAUAACUAUGGCAGAUUUUUCUUACACUUUAUUCAUUAGAUUUUUAUAAAAUCAAGGAGAAGGGUGAGAGAAGAGGAAUGGACUCUGCGCGGGUCAAAAUCCAACGCGUACCUGUGUGCAGGAGCAUUCUCGUCAGCAUAUGGCAGAUUUUUCUUACACUUUAUUCAUUAGAUUUUUAUAAAAUCAAGGAGAAGGGUGAGAGAAGAGGAAUGGACUCUGCGCGGGUCAAAAUCCAACGCGUACCUGUGUGCAGGAGCAUUCUCGUCAGCGGCAUUUCAGAGGACACCACCCAAGAUGCCAUUGAGCUGUGCUUUGAAAGUCUAAGGAACAAUGGUGGUCCUGUGGAGACAGUGAGGUUUAAGCCCAAAAGUGGUCGAGCUGUGGUAGUGUUUCAGAAUUCAACAGGUCAGUUAUAACGGUUAAACUUCUAGAACGGAGAAAACUUCUACAGUGUGUCUUUGUCCUUUCUGGUGAAUGCAUGCCGUACAAGUUUUGAUAUUCUUAUAACAAUAGUUAAUACAGUUGAACCUCCGGUAAGCGACCACCCCAGAUGCGAAGACUUAGUGGUCGCUUACGGAAGAUGGUCGCUUAUGAGAAUCGAAGCACAGGGCUAUCUUCCGAGAAGGUGCUGAAGAUGUACGGACACAUCUACUUUAUGGAUAACAAUUUAUUGCAUGCAAUUUUUUAAGGUACAACCAGGUUCCAUGUUGAUUCUAAAAUUCUUUUUAUAUUAUAAGUAGCAUAGUGCACACAGCCAACAUAAUCGAGAUAUCAGACAAAACGUAAAGUGGUCGCUUAAAAUAGGCUAAAAACAAUGGAAAAUCAUUUAACUGCACGCCCCAAAUAGUGGUGGCUGUCGUUUAGGAGGGUUCCAACUGGAAGGCUUUGACUGGGAAAGUUUUGGUGUUUUGGAUAGGCGGUCGCUUAUGGGAGAUGGUCGCUUACGAGAGGUGGUCGCACAUGGAGGUUCGACUGUAUGCACAAACACACACGCAUACUCCCAUCCUGGCUAGAGAUCGAGAGCGCCUUAUUUGUGUAAUUCUUGGCUAAGUACUAAAAGCAAGGAUUCUUUGCUGUCCUAAAACGCGACCGGUUUUCGAGGGAGUCAUUGUUUACCUGGCUUUUAUUUUCUCAUUCACAGAUAUGGAAAGAGUCUUAGCUAGACAGAAUGAAAGGCCACUUGUCUUAAAUAAAGCUGAACUCACUGUAAGAAUCUUUAACGAUUUACUGGAGAAUGACGAUGACGUUGCAAUUGACGUUUUGGGUGACAAGCUAAAGGAUGCGGAGGACAGCCAUAGCACAUCUGCAAGCCAGCGGUCUGAACCUAAAGCACAGAAGCUUCACAUGGCUGUGGACCCGGAUGUGAUGGAAUACGUCACAACUACGUCACUCCAUGUCCAACUUAAAAUGGCGUUGGUUACGAAGAAGUGUGAAAUUAAUUGGAAGCUAAACAACAAAACAGCCGUUCUAUUGUACCGCGGACAAGAUAAAAGUGAUUUGUGGCAGUCUGAAUGUAUUGAGGAAGUACAAACAUGGCUUGCGAAAUUUACAAAGCAAGAUGUUGAAGUGAACAAGGAUUUCUGGGAAGCCGUGAAAGCUCAGUUAGCAGACAUUCGCGCCUGUUUCGGCGUUGAGCCUCCGCUGGUUAAAAUUAUCCAUGAUUCUUUGGUGAUAAGAAUUGUUUCCCUGAGUUCGGAUGCAGAAGAUUUGAAAAAGAAAUUAAAAGCAAAAUUAGAAGACACAUACCGGAAGGAAAUCAGAAAAAUGUACUUGAAGAAAACGGAAGUAGUUCCUGUAGAACAUUUAAUUUUGUUAAAAAAGAUCCGCUUUGUGGAAAAACUUCAAGAAAAAAACAAAGAACUGGAGAUAAAAAUAGACACUGAAGCGGAGGAAAUCUAUUUUGAAGGCCCGCAACCACAGUUCCUGGAAGCGACCAUGAAAUUUCACAAACAAUAUUCGGGCAUGGUUGAAAAGAAAUUGAGCCCGUCAAAAAACAUUUUGGAAAUUUUGUCUUUAGAUGAAGGGCUGGAGAAAGUUAAAUGUGAAUUAGAGAAAAAUAACGUGGAGGCUGUUUUCGUGAUCGAUAGCGAGGCUCGGAUCAUAGGCACGUCAGCUGCACAUGCAGACAAGGCUGCCAGUCUUGUUGGUAAGAUGACUUCGGAAGAAAAAGUCCGAGUGGAUGCCAACAGUCAGCAUCUUUUAAAAACAACAGAAUGGCGCGAACUAUGUGAGCAACUCAACACCAUCUCAACUGUCCGGGUGUAUCGGAACAACUGGAAUGACACCUACGUAUCCGGGUUCAGAGAAGAUGUGCAUGAAGCAAUAAAAACGCUAACUACGUACCUAGAUGAUAACUGUAUUCGAGAAGAGCAAAUGAAAUGUUCUUCAAAGUUAGUCCGAAAAUAUCUCUCUGAGCUUCGUCAAGAUGACUUGUCUUCAGUUGAAGUUGAACUCAAAGACUAUGAGGUCAAGAUUCAAACAGGAAGAGGUGAUGAUGAAUUUGUCAUUGGGGGAAACAAAGAGGGGAUAAAACGAGCGAAAAGAAAGCUGCAAGCUCUCGCAGAUAGUACCGAAUGUGAGAUUUUCAACGUGAAACAGCCAGGCCUUAAGAAACUUUUUGUCAGCGGGAAAGGCGAUUCGCUUGUGGCAACUGAGGCGACAAAUCACGCAUGUGUUAUCCAGGUCCAGAAACAAUUUGGCGUGCAGGCUCCUGUCAAAAAAUCUGAUUCAUUAAACGACGAUGACGAUGAUGAUAGUGAUAUAGAGGAAGAGUAUAUGGCGGCUGUAGCUAGCGGCGUUGAUUCUUCCACCCUCGUCAUGGGAAGUGGGCACAAAAUUUCGUGGAAACCAGGAAACAUCGAGGCGCAGCAG